AUGACUCUGUCGCUAGUGGUCCUCCCAAACGAUCUCAUCAGCAAGAUCUUAUCCUUUCUCAAUGUGAACUUUCUUGUGUGACUCAGGUGUGUGAGUAAAUCUUGGAAAACACUCAUCUCUGAUCCCGCUUUCGUGAAAUUGCACCUCAAGAGAUCAGCAUCACGAAAUCCACUCUUCACACUAAUCACGCAUCACAUCACAGAAAUCCUAGGUAAGUCCCCCUAUGGCAGUGACGAUGAAUGGGAUUUGGAUUACUGUAUCGUUCCAUGCUUCAGACAUUGUUUAAUUGAGAACCCGUCGUUCAGCCUUUCUGUGGAUGAUUACCAUCAUUUGAACGACAAAGGAUACUCUCGUAUAGUUGGUUCCUGCAAUGGAUUGAUAUGUUUGGCUGGUUUCUUCACCAAUGGGUUUCAAGAGUACUGGCUCCGCUUAUGGAACCCAGCCACGAGAACGACAUCUCAAAAUUUUGGGUAUUUUUGUAAUUUUGGGUCAUGUUUGAGCUUCAUGUUUGGUUGUGGUAAUACCAGUGACACUUAUAAAGUGGUGGUGUCCCGUUACAUUCGUGAUCAAUUAACAAACGAGGUGAAAGUUCUCAGUUUUGGUGAUAAUGUUUGGAGAAAUAUUGAAAGUUUCCGGACAAUUCCUCUUCAUUUGGACUACCGUGGACUGGGUCAUUCUUGGUAUGAUGGUGUGUUUUUUAGUGGCAGUCUUAACUACAAUGGGUAUGAUGUGAAGGACUUUACUGUUGAGCAAUUUGUUAUUGUUUCACUUGAUUUGGGGACUGAGACAUACAAUCACUAUUGGCUGCCUCGUGGAUUUGAUAAGGUGCCUCCUAUAGAACCAAAUGUUGGUGUGUUGGGGGACUGCCUUUGUUUUUCUUAUUCUUACAAGGUAACCUAUCUUAUUAUAUGGCAAAUGAAGAAAUUUGGGGUUGAAGAGUCUUGGACUCAAUUUCUUAAAAUUAGUUAUCAAAAUCUUCAAUUAGAUUAUGACUUUAGUUGGAAUACGCUGAAGUAUCAUCUUCGAUUCAUACCCUUGCUUCUUUAUGAGGAAGGAGAUACAUUGAUAUUACAGAGUAAUAAAGAAAGGGAAGCAAUUUUGUAUAAUUGGAAAGAUAAUAGAGUGGUGCGAACAGGAGUUACGGUGCAUAAAACUAUUAUUGAUAACAGAACUAACAAUUAUUUAUGUUGGCACUUGGCCAAGGGUCAUGUUUAA